UAUGUGGGCUCCAUCAAAUCACAGAGAUGUGUCACCACGUUUCUCUGAUCAACGCUCAGGAUUUAUUUGCCUCUGUACACGAGUAACUGCCCCGUGAGGCCGUGUCUCCGGACACUGCAACGUGACAAACAAGAGCUUCAAGGUUUUGCACUGAAUUUCAGUUAUUUUUUCUUUUUCUUUUAUAUUUCUCCGUAUACAAAUACAAAUCUCCAACCAGAUCUCGAGUACAAAGAAAGUAGAAGGCAGCGUUUAGGGUGGUUUAUUAGCAUAGAGGAACCCAACCACUUUUCUCUCUUAUUCCGUCAUUGGGUCCCUCUUUGACUUUAAGUAACAGUCAAUGAAAAAAAGAAUGGUCUGGCUUCUUCUCCUUUCUUCAUCAUUUAUAAAUAAUUAGUCAUUACCUUCUCUCUUCUGAAAAAGAGUCAGGAACGUCGUUUGUGGCUAGUUUCAAGGUUGAUUUGUGUGCUCAAAUGGGUGAGAGAGUUGUUGCAGAGAACUGCCAUCUGGACGCGGUGCUCAGAAGUUGCAGUUCUGCCGUUGAUAAGAACUAUGAAAGUUCUAGUGUUUCGGAGAAUCCUUUGUCGUUUUUGGCUUCUUUGAAGUUUGAAGAAGAGGAAGAUCCAUUUUCUAUUUUCAAUAUAGUUGUACAGGAGAAGAACAAUGGUUUUGAAGAAUUACAAGAUGCUUACACUAACAUCACUAGCAAAGAUGGAGCAUUGACCGGCCAACAACAACAAGAACAAGUUAAAACAAGCUCACCUGAUCUUUUUGUUUUCGGAGAGCCCAAAAAUCAGCUAUCAUCACGACAUGUACAGCAACAAGAAUUACAGCCUGAGCAGCAAGAUUUGCAACAGAAAGAGCACCAGCAUCAUGGUCAAUCUGGGGCCAUUUCUUUGCGGCCCAUGCAAUGUCAGCCACCUCGAUGUAGAAAGAGGAAGUACCCGCAAAAGAGAAUUGUAUGUCAUGUCACGGUCGAGGAUCUCUCUGGUGAUUUGUGGGGUUGGCGUAAAUACGGGCAAAAACGCAUCAAAGGCUCCCCAUAUCCGAGAAACUACUACAGGUGCAGUAGCUCAAAAGGCUGUGCAGCAAGAAAACAAGUGGAACGCAGCAGCACGGAUCCCAACUUAUUCAUUGUGAUCUAUACAGGCGACCACACGCAUGCUCGUCCGGCUCACAGACACUCACUUGCCGGAAUUACACGAAACAAGUUCUCCACGACUCAAACUGCCCAGCCGCCUGCAACAAACAGUAACGCUUCAUGCUUCUCUCCUGCCUCGUCCACAAGCCGCCCGCCAACGGCCAUGGAGGAAGCGAAGAAUAAUCAAUACGAGAAAGCUGACGUGGAGGGUGGUGAGAUGGUAGAACCAGAAGAAGAGGCUGAUGAAGACGAUCUUCUUAUUUCCAACUUAGCAGCUGUUUUGAAUGAAGAUAUAUUCAAAGGGCUUGAGGAGCUCAGUUCUUGCAUUGCUAGUGGUUGAAGCAAUAGUAAUAGUAGAGGUGGAGAAGUAGGAUAAGAGUGCAGCAGCAGCCCAUUUCCCGCCGCAGGGUGGUUAGUCGCUGGAGCUGGGUUUCAUAUAUAAAAUC